UACGAUACGUCUCCACUUUAUACAGAGCACCCCCUCUAUUUUCAAAGGCACCCUCAGUGAUUUUGAUCUGGAACCGGACCUGGGUGGCGCAUUGCCCCGCCUGCCGCAGCUGGCGCUCCUCUGGUGCCACACUGACAGAAGAGAUACAUUCACACACAUGUCCGCAUCAGCAGCGCAGUAAUGAUGUUUCUGCUGGGACUGAGUCUGUGCCUGCUUGGGAUCGUCAAUGGAAUUGUCCCCGAAACCUCGAAAACAGAUAUGGACAUCAUUGCUAAUAUGGAGACAAAUCUAGCGCAAGGACAAACGACACUGAACGAGAUGUUUCGGGAGGUGGAGGAACUGAUAGAGGACACGCAGCAGAAACUGGAGGACGCGGUGCAUCAGAUGGACAAUGAGAGUGCAAAAUCAAGCCUCAAUCCACACAAUGUCUCUUCACACCUCCAAAAUGAAAGCAGUAUUGAAAUCACAGCCGGGAAUCAAUCCAUGUAUAUUAUUGAGAGAACCAACAAGACAACAGACAAUGCAUCUGAAUCGACAAACAUCUCCAAAACCAUACAGUCCAGUGAUAAAGUGAAUGGGAUUGAUCAUGAGUGUGUCGUUGAUGAAGACUGUGAGAAGGGCAGGUACUGUCUGUAUGAGACUCGCAGCUCAAAGUGUCUGCCCUGCAAAGAGCUUGAUGCGACGUGCACCAAAGAUGAAGAAUGUUGUGCGGGACAGCUGUGUGUGUGGGGUCAGUGCGCAGACAACAGCACAAAGGGAGACGCAGGAACUAUCUGUCAAUACCAGCGUGACUGUAAAGAAGAAUUCUGCUGUGCCUUCCAUAAAGCUUUGCUAUUCCCAGUGUGCAGCUCUAAACCAAUAGAACGUGAGCGCUGCAUCAUUUCAGCCAAUCAGCUGAUGGAGAUGCUGUCAUGGGGUAUGGAGGGGGAGGGUCCUCAAGAGCAUUGUCCUUGUGCUGGUGACCUGCAGUGCCAACAUCGUGGGCGAGGUGCACUGUGCUUGAAGAGCCAGAACUCCAGUGAGGAGGACCUAACUGGCACCCUGUACUGAGACUGACUACAUUGCAUUGUGAGAAUGGCUUGAAUUUGAGUCAGACGAAGAGGAGCUUCUGAUAAGGAACAUGUAUGCUUCAUCAUUACCCCCAAAAGCUUUGCAGGAAACUCCUUUACCAUAAUCAUCCAAACGCAGGCUAAACUGUAAAUGCAGCUGUGAAUAAAAGUGCUAAAGUGCUGCCUCUGAAGACAGAAGAUAUUUGCAGGUCUAAAUCUAAGUGGAUGUUCACACUUACAGCGAUUUGCAGGGACAAAGCGAUCAAGUCAUUAAAUUUCAAUACAAGUUGGAAAUUUGUGGUGAUAUGAGUGGCAGCGGCCAAUGGCAAUGCGGGCAUGUCACGCGAUGCGAGAAAGUUGACAAAAGUUUUCUUUAUGCAAAUAAGUAAUAAUGCAGCAAGUGCCAAUAGGUAUAAAGACAAUAGAGCUCACAUGAUCCAUCUCCUGUUAGGUACUUUAGUCAAGUCAGGCAAGAUGGAGAAGUUAAAUGAAACGGUGAGCAAUUUCCCUGUUCUUUAAUUCUUUAAAUGCAUGCAAGAAACUCAAUAAAUUGUCGAUAUUCCAAGCGCGUUUAAUUCAUUCAUUGAUCAUUGUUCAUCUUAUUUCUAAUAUAUAGCUGAUGCAACUUAUAUAAACAUGCUUUGCCUUGAUUUGUUGACAAAGUAAAACAAUAUCUUAUUUUUGCUGGCAAUACAUCCUAACUGUGAUCAGAAACGACCAACAAUAUAUUGCCGCUUGGUGACCUUCUACGAUAAAAUCGCUGUCAGUGUGAACAGUGUAAAGUUUUGAGCAUUGGAAACGAGUGCUUAUUAAUAGUACAAAUGUUGCAAGAAUGUUUGCAGGUGCAUAAAAGGGACGUCUCUGAUGAAAACUAGUUCAUCUCAGAUAAAUGUACUUGUUAAAGAGAUCAAUUUAUACAAUAAUCAUGCGGUCAUGUUAUUUCCUCUGACAAACUCACUACACAGAAUAAAAAAAGUUGUAAAAUGUG